AGACUCAGGAGUGAGAAGCAGACAUGGCUCAGUUUGCACAGGUCAUGGCUGAAGUGGGCGACUUUGGUCGCUUUCAGGUGCNGNUGACCAUCCUGAUGGGNAUUCCCAAUUUCCUGUNUNCAUUCUUNNUNUUUAGCCAGGNCUUCAUGGUCCUUGACGAGGCUCACCACUGUUCAGUGUCCUGGGUUAAGAACCACACUUUCAACCUAAGUGCCGCUGAGCAGCUGGCUAUAAGCAUCCCCAAUGACACAGCGGGCAGACCUGAGUCCUGCCUCAUGUUCCGGCCACCUCCUGACAAUGCCAGCCUGGAAGACAUCCUGAGCCACCGCUUCAAUGAGACACAGGCCUGUGACUCAGGCUGGGACUAUCCUGAGAACCGGCCUCGGUCCCUAAAGAAUGAGUUUGACCUGGUGUGUGAUCGGAAGAACAUGAAGAGGACCUCCCAGUCAGUGUUCAUGACUGGUCUUCUUGUUGGAGCCCUGGUCUUUGGGCCUGUCUGUGACUGGAUUGGCCGAAGAACCAGCCUUCUGCUGCAGCUGCUUCUGUCAGGCACCACAGGCGUGGCCACAGCCUUUGUGCCCAGCUUUGAGCUCUACAUGGUUCUGUGCUUCUUCUCAGCCAUUGCCGUUGCGGGAUCCAUAAUGAGCACCAUGAUUCUGGUAUCAGAGUGGGUGGGGCCAUCCCGGAGAACACAAGCCAUGGUCCUGGUACAGAGUCACGUUGCCCUUGGGCAGAUGGUGUUAGCAGGACUGGCCUAUGGUGUCCGCAACUGGAGACUCCUUCAGAUAAUAGGCAGCGCACCCAUCUUCCUGCUCUUCUUCUAUUUCUGGGUUCUGCCAGAAUCUCCACGGUGGCUCCUGUCCCAAGGAAGGACAGAAGAGGCCAAACAACUGGUCCAGAAGGCAGCCUUGGUGAACGGCCGGCCACUCUCCCCAGAGGCCCUGAACCAGCUGGUCCCUGAGAAGACAGGCCCCUCGGGGAACGCCUUGGACCUUUUCAGACACCCUCACCUCAGGAAGGUGACUCUGAUUCUCAUAGCUAUCUGGUUUGUGGACAGUCUGGUGUAUUACGGCCUCAGCUUCCAAGUGGGGGACUUUGGCCUGGAUAUCUAUGUGACCCAGCUGAUAUUUGGAGCAGUGGAACUGCUUGCCCGCCUCCUCAGUGGUCCCAUGAUGGAGAAGCUGGGUCGCAAGUGGAGCCAGCUGUGUACUCUGACAGUGGCUGGCAUCAUGUACAUCAUCAUGAUCUUCAUCCCAGGAGCUCUUCCCAUGGUGGUCACUGUGCUGGCUGUGGUGGGGAAGUUUGCCUCGUCUGCUGCCUUCACCAUUUCCUAUGUGUAUACUGUGGAGCUCUUCCCCACUGUCAUCAGGCAAACAGGCAUGGGGUUGGUGAGCAUCUUCUCCAGGGUCGGUGGCAUCAUCACACCCCUUGUGAUGCUGCUGGAGCAGUACCACCAGGCGAUUCCCAUGGUCAUCUUUGGCAGCCUCCCCAUUGGAGCAGGCCUACUGUGUGUUCUGCUUCCUGAGACCUGGGGCCAGACCCUGAAGGACACCCUCCAGGACCUGGAGCAGGGGGCCCCCCAUGGUGAGCACAGACUUGCUGGCCUCUCCCUAGGCCUAGGCUUCCCAGUCCUCAAUGACAGUUCCCUGAAAAAGAAACGGAGGCUAAAGGAAGAAGUUUUAUUCCUCAUCUUAGCAUUGGUAGUGCUCCUUGCUCUGAUUGUGGUUGUUGAGGAGCCGUUCAUGUCCAGCACCUGA